AUGAUUGGCAGUAGCACAAUAUUGGCACUUUUUAUAAUGCUUAUGUGUGAUACUAAUGAACUCAACGCAAAAAUUUAUGUAGCUGAAGUGAUUGUUAUUCUGUUGUAUGCUAUACCAUGGCUGAUUGGAAUAAAGGAAUGGUUGAGUGGGGAGGAUGAAAUUCUAGAGCUUGAAUAUAAGCACAGGCCAGGGGGGGUGAGGAAGUGGGUAUAUAGACUGUAUAACAUAAAUAUGCUGGUGUUCAUAUUAUGGACCAGUUGGUAUGUGUUUAUUGAUGAUGUACCCAGACUUAUUAUAUUUCCUGGAAUACUUAUCUUCUUUGCGAAUAUAGUUGGGCUGAUAAAUUCGCUAGCAAUAACACACAUGCAUGUGCAUGUACAGUAUUUUAUGCUUGUGCUUGUGCUUCUAUUGAUUGUUUUGGCACUACUUAUGUUUGUCAAGAAAGAAUUGUUUGAUUCAUGUAAGAAAAUUCGUUUGAAAAAUUGGCGUAGAUAA